UUGAGUGCAACUAAGACCUAAGCACUUUGUAAGGCUUGUAAGAUUGUGAAAAAUUGAAAAUGUGUAGCAAUUUUAUAAAUUAGAAACAUUGAUGCAGCAUUGUAUUGCUGUAUUUGUAAAUAAUUUAUUAAAAGUUGCAUUUUAUUCAUUUUAAGUUGUUAAUAGAGUGUACAUAACAUGGCUUCAUUUCAUAAAGUUAUUGUGAUCAUUGGUUUUCUUUCGUUAUUCCAUACAGCUUUCUCAGCUACACAACAUCGAUCAUAUUUGAGGAUCACGUCACAAGAGUUUACCACGUUACCAUUGGAUAUUGUCAUCCAAGCUGUGGUCAGUCUGUUUGCUGUCAUGUGGGGAGUGUUGAAUGUGGCGGGUAAUCUUCGCGAAAUACCAGCUGCUGCUGAAUUAAAUGCUAUCAAAUGGGAGACACAGAACAAUCUUCCCUCAUUUUAUAUCUUCAAUCACAGAGGGAAGGCAUUAUCUUAUGAUUAUGUUCCCACACCAACUAAAGCAGAUCUAGAAAACCUAGAAUGACUAAGAGUAUAAAAAAUUUUAAAAUAGAAUAAUUCUGCACAUUUUGCAUUUGUUACAUUUUAAAAAUUGUUAAAUUUUGCCAUAUCAAACAGAUUGUUAAUGAUAAUGAUGUUAUGUUAUUUGGUAAUAUUACAAGUGACAGUUAAAGCAAUUAGAAAAGAUGUAUUAUUGUUACUUGCGAGAGCUAUAAAUUUAAGCAUAAUAUUUAUUUGAAUUGUCAUUAAACUACAUAACUAAAUUGGCAAAAUUUCAUUAGUUUAUUUAAAACAAAUCUUGUAUGAUUGGUUUCAAUUGGUUGGAGUGAAGUGUACUUUUACAAGUAGUUUGGGCAAUUUAAGUGUUCCAUCUUUAUUGUAAAUAAAACCUAUUAUUUACUAAAAAA